AGGUCUGCUAAUAACUGGGCACCCGUGGGAAUUCUAAUAGAUUGUUGGAAAACCAGGUCUCCAAAAACAACAUAGAUAUUGUCAGUCAGAAACUCAAACAUGUUUUAGAUGUUAACUUUAGAGUACUUGUGUGUGCAAUCAGAAUGGUUUUUAACAAAAUAAUUUUGCAAAUGACGAAUGACAAAGUAAAUAAAUUUACGAGUUCCAUUUUUAUUAAAAAAGCAGCUGUGAAAUAUGAAAGCUAUAGCUCCACCUACUCAAGAGAUGUAGCCAAAGUUAAAGUUUUGUGAGCAAACAGUCAAACAGACGGACAAGGUAAAAAAUAUAUACCCCCAGUAUUCGAUUACGGGGGCAUAAAAACUCGUAUACGGACAGAGAGACAAAUAGCUUAUUAUAAGGUCUUCUGGUAGCUAACCACUAGAACUAAACAUGUGGUCAUUUGAGUUUGUUGUUAGUGGUCUGCCCCUCUGUCAUUCCUGCUAGCCGUUACUGUGACGACGUGUUGGUAAUAAAGCUGUCAGGUUUCCCGCCUGGUUCUAUAUUGGUCUGCUCCCACGCCCAGUACUGGCCUUACACUGCCGGGAAUCGCCCUGUGUCGACAAAGUUCAUCUAGAUGUCCGUCACAACACGGGAUACACAGCACGCACAAUGUCUCUGGCAUGCGGUAGUACAUGUGUGAAAUACAUUUUAUUCAUCGCCAACUUCGUUUUCUUCCUGAUUGGUCUGGGGACGGUGGGGCUGGGGGUAUGGGCGCUGAUUGACGAUGAUAAGAUCCUCAUUCUGACGGAGGUGGGAGACGCCGACAAUUUCGAUGUGGUCUCCCUCAUCCGUACGGGGGCCUUGGUCCUGAUCGCCAGUGGGGGCGUGGCUGUUCUGAUCGGAUUCCUGGGCUGCUGCGGAGCCGUCAAAGAGAAUAACUGUCUUCUGUUUGCUUACUGUGUCGUCAUGGUGGUAAUCCUAUUUGUUCAAAUAGCAGCAGUUGUUAUUGCAGCAAUAUUUCAAAAUAAAGUUACAGAGGAUUUGAAGGUGUUUUUAAAGUCCCGCCUCAGUGCCCAGUAUGAGGGCAGUAUAACUACCAAAGACCCCUUCUCCCUGGGAUUAGAUGUGGCCCAGAUUCAGUUUGAAUGCUGUGGAAUUGACAAUUACAUGGACUUCCUGUCGGCUACAAAAUGGCAGGACCAGAAGAACGCCUCCACGAUUAUCCCCCUUACAUGCUGCAGGUUUUCUAACAAGGACGCUUACUACUCGGAUUAUAACGGUCUCAUUCUAGAAGACCCCUCGUGUGAAACGUCCCCCUCCGACCAGAAUUCAAACUUCAGAAAGGGUUGUUGGGAUGCCAUUCUGGAGUAUGCUAAUGACAAAGCAAUCUACGUUAUCGCUAUUGGAGUAGCUAUUGGUGUCGUUGAGGUGCUUUGCGUAGUAGUGGCGUCCUGUCUCAUCCAAGCCAUUCGGAAAUCUGAUGAAGAAUCGUCACAAUAACACGUGACAGGGCCAUUCGGAAUACUCUAACAAUAAUAUUGAAUAUUCGGAGUAUUCCUAUCCACUGUGGUCACCCAGUAUCCUGAUUGAUUUCAAAAACACUUUUAUUGGAGAUGAACUUGUCCCAUCAUCGCCAUUAUUUAUAUCAUAGUAUAUAAUAUUUUAAAAUGUUGUAAAUGUGCACCUUUAUUACUGUAGAUUAUGUACAUGUAACGUUAUUCAUUUUCAUAAGUUCUCAUAUCUGAAUAAUAUUUUAUAAAUAAAAAUAUUUAUUUACUUUA